AUGUCAACAUUAAAAGCAAAAAUCGAAUCUCUUUUACUAGAAGCACCUUUAGAAGCCGUUUGCAGUGCUUCGAUUUUUUAUUUAACAAUGAACGGUAAUAAAGUGGAUGAAUAUGACACUAUUAGAACUUUGGCCAAUAAUGCAGUUACUUCCGUGUUACCAAAGAUUAAAGAUAAUAAUCAAAAAUCUCAGGUUUUAAAGAUAUUACCACAGAUGAAGGACAGAUAUAAUUCUAUCGUUGGCCUAAAUGCAUUAAAGGCACUAAAUAUAAAACAAGAGGAUCUAGACUAUACGAAAGAAGAAAUUGAUCAAAAUAUUAGAACAUUGAAAUCAAGACUCAAUUCUCCCAUGACAGAUAUGACAGAUGCGGAUGUAAGCCUCUAUGAUGCUCUCCUUAGAAAUAUAGAUGAUUUAGUAGAUGUUUCCACACUUAUAUGGGAGGAUCCAAUUGCGAGUACGGUUCUCAGUGAUGAUUCAAAG